AUGAAGACCUGGCAGGACAUUUUUAUGGAGAAGGUGAAAGAAAUGCACCUAACAGAGCCAUGGAUACUUCAGGAGGAUAACACCAUUCAGGUGAACGUCCUCAAGCCUGGCUGGAAGGAGUUCAUGCAGCAGCAUGCAUUUGGGAGGUUUCAGUGCUCCCAGUGCUGGCACAAAUGGUCAUCAGCCAAGGUGCACAUCCUGUUCCAUAUGCGCCGGAGCCAGCGCCAGUGCCGGGGAGUGAUGCGGAUGAGAACUUUUCGUCAGGCAUGCAGGCGGUGCCUGCAAGUCAGGCAGUAG